AUGGCCCCGUCCGUAGUGGAGUUUCCAAAAAGUCCAAAAUGCUGUACUGUAUGUGGAAUACCAAAAGCGAGCUCUCAUUUUGGCACAAUUGCCUGCAUGGCUUGUGCGUCUUUCUUCCGACGGACCGUCUCCUUUAACAUCCGAUUUUUGUGUCGCUACUCAAAUGAAUGCCAAAUUUCCCAGGACCUUCGAUUCAUUUGCCGAUCUUGUCGAUUUGAUAAAUGCGAGGCGGUGGGGAUGAAAAGGCAUUUAGUCCAACCAAAACGAAAUGACCAUAAGAUGCCAAAAUACGUCCAGGAAUCUAGAAAAGACGGGAUUCGAGAAGUGGUCAGGGGAUAUAUCACAUCGGCGUACGCCGUAAAAGAGAAAGAGCAGCAAGAAGUUGCUCCCUCAGAAGCCACAGCUCUCCAGAACCCGGAAUCUGGCUUCAGCACUAUCCUGAACAUGAACCACUCUAACUUACUCAUUUGGUACGUUGAAGAAGUCCAGAAUGCAAUGGAAAGUCGGCAAGAUGCCCAGGCGGAUAUUUCUCAGAGCUCUUAUCAACAAUUCCUGACUACCAAAAGACGUACGGAUUCGUUGGCAACCGACAUCUGUACCUUGUGUCCAGGGACUGACCUCUUGGAAACUAACGACAUAGAAAUCCUCUUCCGUUACUGCUCAUUUGCGAGUCUCUGGAUGGAUUCUGCAUGGAUCAACUCUAGCCAGUGCCACGUGGCACCUCAGGACUCUUCUGACCCCCUUACAACCUUCAUCAGCCACUUCCAAUCAACGAUCACUUUUCAACUGGCUCGGUUGAAACUCGACAUUUACGAAUAUGCAGCUUUGAAAGCGUUUUGUAUUUGGAAACUUGGAAUUUUGGACUCAACGAUUACAUUGAAAAUUGUGGCUGGGGAGCAGUACCUGGGGAUCACCAAUGCGCUGAGCAAUUACUAUCAAAAUGUGAAGAAUUUGGAACCAUUUGCCAUGGCGACACGGAUGGCAGAUAUAACUCUUUUGAUCGCUCCAAUUUUUAAUGUCUAUCAAGACAUGCUCAAGCUGUAUCACACUCUUCAAAUUGAGGAUCGCUUCAAGGAGGAGUAA